ACCACAAACCCUAAUUUCAAACUCCUCCACGCCACCUGUCGACCCCAGCCAGUCCGCCGCUGCUGCAGAGAAGCUCUCUUCUUCGUCUUCUUCUUCCCUCUCUGGGUUCCAAGAAGACGAGCUGAGCUCCCUCUGCAGCAGCCAGCAACCCACACGCAGUCCGGUCUCGCUUUCUAUACAUAUUAAAACUCGAGACUUUUCGUAUAAAUAAGAACGAAUAUGGCCCGCUCUAUCACCUCCUUCUCCAAGUUCGUCCCCGCUUCGAUCGCAGCGAAUCUCUCCGUCGCCAUUGCUCGGCGGGGUUUCGCGGCGUCCGCACCGGGUGCGGCGUCGGCCGGGUCCAGGGUAGGUCUUGUGGGGAAAGUGGAGGAGAUGGCCGCGACGAAGGAGCAGUCCGGUGGGGCGUCGUCGGCGUGGGGCCCGGACCCGGUGACGGGGUACUACAGGCCGGCGAAUCGCGCGGCGGAGAUCGAUGUGGCGGAGCUGCGGGCGAUGCUCCUAAAUCACAAAGUCGGGACGCAGUAGAGCGAGGGAAUGGGAAUGGGGGGGCUUAAGAGGAGUUCGGGUCGAGCUUGUUAUGUGUCGAAACGCUUCUUUCCGCUGUCGUUUCAUGUGUCGUUUCUACAUGGGUUAAAAGGUGGCAUUAUCCAGAAGUUUGACUAA